CCUCCCGUGCAAGCACCUCUUCAACCCGGGUCCGACACCUGCAAGAUCGAAAGGAGACAGCUGCGUUUUUCGGACCAUGCAGAGUUGCCUGGCUGGAGUGGGGAGAAACCUGUGUUUGGCUUGCAGGCAAUUUAAGCCUGUGAAUCAAACUCUAUCUAGGUUACAGCCCUAUGUCUGUAUCCUAGCAACGCAACAUAGAAAUAUGGCAUCCUCAAAACUUGGCAUGGCUAAUAGGCUGAAGGGCACUGAGAAGAACAUAUGGGUUGAGUUUGGAAAGUUGGCAGGGGAACAUAAGGCAUUAAACUUGGGGCAGGGUUUUCCUGAUUUCAAGCCACCCCAGCAUGUUAUUGAUGAGAUUGUCAAAGCUGUUAACUCAGACAAUGCUCUGCUAGCUCAGUAUGCUCGCAGCUAUGGACACCCACGACUAGUAAAUGUCCUGUCCAAGCUUUAUGGCCCCCUCAUGAAACAUGAGAUCAACCCAAUGACAGAUAUCACAGUGUGUGUGGGGGCAUAUGGUGUGCUCUUCUGUGCUGUCCAGGGAUUGGUCAACCCAGGUGAUGAGGUGAUCAUUGUUGAACCGUACUUUGACUGUUAUGAACCCAUGGCCAUGGUAGCUGGAGCCACCCCUGUAUUUGUACCCAUCAGACCAACAAAGACUGGUGUUAUGUCCAGUGCUGACUGGAAACUUGAUCCUCAAGAGCUGGCCAGCAAAUUCUCCAGCAAAACAAAAGCCAUCAUCAUCAACAACCCUAAUAACCCAAUUGGCAAGGUAUUCAAGGAGGAUGAACUUCAGAUGAUUGCUGACCUCUGUAUAAAACAUGAUGCUAUCUGUAUAGCUGAUGAAGUGUACGAAUGGCUCACCUAUGACAACAGUAAACAUGUCAAAAUUGCGUCACUGCCAGGGAUGUGGGACAGAACCGUCACCAUUGGCAGUGGAGGCAAGACAUUUAGUGCCACAGGCUGGAAAUUAGGCUGGGCCAUAGGACCUCAGUCACUCAUUCAACCCAUGCAGAUCCUGCAUCAGAAUUGUAUCUACACUAGUCCAACACCCAUACAGGAAGCCGUGGCUGCAGGUCUGGAAUACGAGUUAGAUCUGAAGAUUAAGAACAAGCUGGAGGACUGCUAUCUUUACUCUCUGGCUAAGGAAACUCAGCCCAAACGUGAUAAACUGGCCGCCAUGUUACAGGACAUCGGCAUGGAUGUGACAAUGCCUGAGGGUGGAUAUUUCCUUAUGGCUGACAUCUCUAAAAUUAAAAACAAAAUUCAGCUGACUGAUGACGGUAGUUCCGAUCCAUAUGAUUACAAGUUUGUCCGAUGGAUGACAGCAACAAAGAAAUUGGCAGCCAUUCCGCCAUCAGCCUUCUACUCUAAGGGUCACAAGAAUCUAGGAGAAAACUUCCUUCGGUUCUGCUUCAUCAAGGAUAAUGAGACUCUGAGGAAGGCAGAGGUGAUAUUUAAGGAAUGGAAGGAGUCUCUUUAAGUGGCCGUUCAUGUCCUGCUGACGUCCAUCUCUGUGUGCUCAUCACACUAGGGGGAAAUAUUGUAUACAGACUAUCUAAAUAUACCGGACAGAAAUGUCACUUCUGUGGAUAAACAGACUUUUCUCAACGCUUAAAUGAUGUAAAUUAAAGAUGGUACUGUGUUAGGUGUCGGCCUAUACAAGUAGGACUCUUCUAAUGUAAGUCUGGAUAUUUUGGUGGCUUUUGUUCAAAACAGUAUUUGAAAGUUUGGAUUUUCGCUUCUUUUAAUGAAGACCUGAGCUAUGUUUAUGAUUUGAACGACCAUUUAGUUUGAACUGUUAUAUUUCUUUUUGAAAUUAGUUAUUGUGUAAGUUUAUCAAACAUGGAAUUGUCUAUGGUUACUUUUAACACUUACCACUGAUCAAUAUAUGAGAAAAGCUAAAUGUAUUGAUAUGUUUACAUUAAGGCCCAAGUAUCCAGACUUACGGUUUAUUAGAACUACCGGUAUUAUCAAUCAAAGUUAUUGACUACAGCCCAAGUAUACGAACAUAUGUCAUAUUAAAUCAACACUUUAAUGUAAUAUCAUAGUUAUUGAAUAAGGCCAAAGUAUCCAGUCAUAGAAUAUAUUAAAACUGCUGUGAAAACUAACCUGUUUGACCUGUGUUUUACUCUGUUAUAUGUGCCAUGUGCUAUUUCCUGGUUAUGAGAGGUCAUCAUUUCAACAUUCAUGUAGUGUACUGUUUAGCGAUCCUGUAGAUCACAUGGCAGUACUCAUAUCACAUAUAUAUGUAUAUCUCGUGGUACAUUGUAUUCAUUUAACAUGCUUGAUAUGAAAUAAUAGGGUGAAGAUAACUGAUAUUACACAUAGAAUCUGUUUUUUAUGAAAUUUUGACAUAUAAUUUAGAGUAUUGCUUUGCAUUUAUUAUUUUAAGCAAGAUUGUUGCUGUGAUAUUUAGGUCCUUUACCAUGCUACUAGAAUGAAUAAAUAAAACAACAGGCUUCAUGUCACUUAAGCGGUGGAUCCAGAGAGAUUUUCUAGGACUACCCCUGCCCCCCCCCCCAGCACCACAGUGUGGUGAGCAUCAACUGCUGGUCAGUAGGUGUGGUCUCCUUCCUCUACUUACAGUCCGGAGUCUACAUACAGAUGAUAUUUGGCUCCUCGGCAUAAAAUCAAAGAUAAUGAUUUCAUUUUUCCUUGUGUAUGUAAAGCCAUACAUACAUAGAGAUAUUGUGUUUUGACAAAUUUUACUUAGCAAUCAUGGUCUCACUUUGUUGACUAUUUGUUGAAGAAUUUUGGUGCUUAUUUCUUCAGAUCUACAUGUCCUAUUGGUUGUUUACUUUGUACACUUUGAGUGUGAGUGUGUUGUAUCCAUUUAUACAGUGCCACAUGUAAGAUUAUAUUUACCAAUAUUAUUGAAUAAAAGAUAUUUUAAACUUGGA